AUGCUGUGCACAAGGAGAACUAAAACUUUGGUGUCGACAUGCGUGAUCCUGAGCGGCAUGACCAACAUUGUGUGCCUCCUGUACGUCGGCUGGAUCACCAACUAUGUGGCCAACGGCGGUCCCAAAGUUGCGGAGAGCGGCGGCGUCGGCGGCGAGGCGGAGAGAAAGUUGGAGGAGGACAGUAAAGGGGAAACCCUGAGGAUUAUCGAGCGGCUGGACCGGCUGGAGAGCGUCGUCAACGAGCACAUCAAAGAGACCCCUCUGAAAGAUGGUGAGGAUGCCGCGUCUUCGUCGGACUUGGCCUCAGAUGCCGCCUCCUCGCUCUUCAACCACUGGGGUCACGACCUGGGCCCUGAGAGUCGAAGGGUCGCCCUCAGGAAGUUCCGUUACUACGGCUACAACGGCUACCUUAGUGACCGCAUCUCCCUCAACCGGCCGAUCCCAGAUUUACGACCGGACGGGUGUAGAAACAUAUCGUAUUCAUCAGACCUUCCUCAGCUCAGCAUCAUCUUCAUCUUUGUCAACGAGGCCUUGUCAGUGCUGCUGCGCUCCAUCCACACCGCCAUCCAGAGGACUCCGUCACACCUGCUCAAAGAGAUUAUACUGGUGGAUGACCACAGCAACAGCUUGGAGCUGAAAGAGCACCUGCAGAGCUUUGUGGACGAGACCAACACGCAGCACGGCCCAGGAUUCAUUAAGGUGGUCCACCACGACAAGCAGGAAGGACUGAUCAGGUCCAGAGUCAGGGGCUGGAGGGCAGCCUCUGCGCCGGUGGUCGCCCUGUUCGACGCACACGUGGAGUUCAACACUGGAUGGGCGGAGCCUAUUCUGCAGCGAAUAAAGGAGGACCGCACCCGGGUGGUGUCUCCCUCGUUCGACAACAUCAAGUACGACACCUUCGAGAUCGAGGAAUACCCGCUGUCCGCUCAGGGCUUUGACUGGGAGCUGUGGUGUCGAUACCUCAACCCACCGAAGUCCUGGUGGAUCCAACGCAACCACACAGCCCCUAUCAGGAGCCCUGCUCUGAUUGGCUGCUUUGUGGUCGACAGGAAGUACUUUGAGGAGAUUGGCCUGCUAGAUGAAGGUAUGGAAAUUUACGGGGGAGAAAACGUGGAGCUCGGCAUCAGGGUGUGGCAGUGUGGCGGCAGCGUGGAGGUCCUGCCCUGCUCGAGGAUCGCCCACAUCGAGCGUGCCCACAAGCCCUACACGGAGAACCUGACGGUGCACGUGCGUCGUAACGCUCUGAGGGUGGCUGAGGUCUGGAUGGACCAGUACAAGAGUCACGUCUACAUGGCCUGGAACGUCCCGCUGCAGAACUCAGGAAUAGACAUUGGGGAUAUUUCUGACAGAAAGGCGCUGCGAUCUAGACUCCACUGCCGACCGUUCAGCUGGUUCCUCUCCAACAUUUACCCCGAGCUCCGAUCCUACAGCAACACAGUCGCCUAUGGAGUGUUGAAGAACAGUCUAAGAGACGACCUGUGUUUGGACCAGGGACCUGACACUGACAACAUUCCCAUCAUGUAUCUCUGCCAUGGUUUGACACCGCAGAACGUGUACUACACCAGCUCCCAGCAGCUUCACCUGGGGGUGCUGAGUCCCACGAUCGACGACGACGAUAACAAGUGUCUGGUGGACGUGAACAGCAGACCCAGGCUUCUGGAGUGCAGCUACGCAGCAACCAAGCACAUGAAGCUCACCUGGUCGUUCGCUCAGGGUGGCCCCAUCCAGAACACAGAGUCUCUGCGCUGUCUGGAGCUGGUGGAGAGCAAACAGUCAGAGUUCAGUUUCCAGCUGGUCAUUCAGGACUGCACCGGUCAGAAAUGGACCAUCACUAACAUACUGACUGUCCUGCCGCAGUGAACACAGGG